AUUGCGCACAUGUGCUUGUGCUCUUCUUUGACGGAGAUCUUUCGUUUAGCCUUGGGCUCAGGGGUUAGAAGAUUUUCAAGGCACCCCUGCCGAAAAUCUCUAGUUAAAUUUACGCCAAAAUGGACGACGAAGGCCCGAGGUCCUAUUCCAACAGUGACGUGAACAUUCCAGUCAAUGUCACAGGGAACCUCAGACAGCUUUCUCCGUAUAUGAACUUUGAUCCUGUAUACCUUCCUCCUAGUCAACCAGAGUUCAUAUUUCCUGAAGGAGCUUCAAGACAACGUGGAAGAUUUGAACAUGCUUUUUCUCAAAUUGGAGCAUCUUGUAUGGUUGGAGCAGGCGUAGGUGGCAUGGGAGGAUUUUACAAUGGGUUAAAGAUCACAACAUUGGCUGGCCAGAAGGGACGUCUGAGAGUAACUCAAUUAAUAAACCAUACUAUGAAAAAGGGAGCGGCAUCAGCCAACACUUUAGGAGUCAUAGCAUUGAUGUACAGUGGAUUUGGAGUAAUAUUAUCAUAUUUACGAGGUGCUGAAGAUGAACUGAACACACUAGCAGCUGCCACUUUAACAGGCGUCAUGUAUCAGUCAACAUCUGGAUUAAAGAAGUGUGCUACAGGGGGCGCAGUAGGGCUUGGUAUUGCAGCAGCGUAUUGCUUAUGGACCUCUAAAGACCGCUAUACUGAAUUCAAACGUCAACUUCAUCCUCUAUCAGAGAGGUAGCAAGUUAAUUUGUGGAAUUAGUCCCAGACGCCUGCCCUUCUAUUUCUCAAUGGUAGGUGCUUAGCAAAUUUGUUGUAAAUUGUGCUUGUAAAGCACAUUGCACAAAGCUGACAUUACUACUUAUCAAUCAUAAUUUGGUUUGAUGCAAUUUUCUUAAAUGAGCAUGAGUUUUUUUUGUUUGUUUUUUUGGAUCUGCUAAAUUCCUUCAAUGUUGGACAGUUUCUUUUAUACUGUGAAUCAAUCUUCUGAACUGGAUCGAGAACAGUAUUACUCAUACUCACAUGUCCCUUAAGGGUUUGGUUGUUCCUUUUGACUGCAAUCAACUGUUCCUAUUGUACAUUUUUUCAGUGCUUUUAAGCCAAAUGGACAAAUGGCUAAAUAAUAAUGAAAUUGUUUUUGUAAA